UCAUAUUCAGGUAAAGAAUGUAAGACUAAGAUAUUAUUUAAGAGUGUCAGUUAAUAAAAAGUAUUCAUCUGGACUUUCUAAAGAACAAGAAAUUUGGGUUAUUAAUUAUCAAGAUGAACCUACUAAAAAUGAUCCAAUUUUAAUGGAUGUAGGUGUAGAAAAAUGUGUAAGUAUUGAAUUUAAAUAUGCUAAAUCAUAUUAUAAUUUAACUGAUGUUGUAUUAGGUCAAGUUUACUUUAAGGUUGUAAGACUUCCUUUGGCUAGUAUGGAACUUCAAAUCCAAAGAAAAGAAACAACUGGAUUUCCACCAAAUCAAACCGUUGAUACUGAAGUUCUUUCUCGUUAUGAACUUAUGGAUGGUGCACCAGUUAAAGGAGAAUCAAUGCCAAUUAGAGUGUUUUUAGCUAAUUUAGAUUUAACUCCAACAUAUCAUAAUGUUAAUAAUAUGUUUAGCGUCACUUAUCAUUUACAUUUAGUAUUAAUUGAAGAAGAUGGAAAACGUUAUUUCAAACAAUGUGAAUUUAAAUUAUGGAGAAAACAACCUCAACCAAUUAAAACAUCCCCUGAUGCUCCUAUUAGUGUUAAUACUGAUUGUUUAGCUGGUUCUCAAGAAACUCCUUAUAAAGGAUCUGAUGUUAACAAACCUUUACCAGAAGUUCAACCUCAACAAUCAGAAGAACCAAAAGAAGAAAUUAAAGAACCUGUCAUUGAACAACCACAACAAUCUAUUCAAGAAGAACCAAAAGAAGAAGUGAGAGAAGAAAUUAAAGAAGAACCAAAAGAAGAAGUGAAAGAAAAACCAAAAGCAAUUGACAUUUCUUCAUUUAUUCAAGACGAUAAACAAGAUGAUGACAACUUAUUUUAA